ACCAUUGUCCCUCUGAUAAAUUCAUAUGUACUCUUUUAUACAAAGUUGAAAAUGAUUAUUAGAUAGUAGUAAGAAAGAAAGAAAAGAGAUGAGAAUGGAGGAAGCAUACAUUGUGAAGGUGGAGGAAGGAAGAGAAGCCAGUCAUGAUAAGCCUUCAGCAGGUCCAGUGUACAGAUGCAUCUAUGCCAAAGAUUCUCUUCUUCACUUGCCACCUCACUUGGAUUCUCCAUGGCAAUUUUUCAGGGACUCUGCAAGCAAGUACCCCAGCAAGGCAAUGCUGGGUCGUCGUCAAAAAUCUGAAUCAGAGGUUGAUCCAUAUAAAUGGCUGACAUAUCAGGAGGCUUAUGAAACAGCUAUCAGAAUUGGUUCAGCCAUCAGUAGCCGUGGUGUCAACCCUGGUGAUCAUUGCGGAAUAUAUGGAAUUAACUGUCCAGAAUGGAUAAUUACAAUGGAGGCUUGUAAUAGCCAUUCAGUAACAUAUGUCCCAUUAUAUGACACACUUGGUCCAAAUGCAGUGGAGUUUAUCAUAAACCAUGCUCAAGUUUCAAUAGCAUUUGUACAGGAAAACAAGAUUCCUUCUAUUUUGUCUUGUCUUGGUCAGUGUUCUUCGAAUCUUAAAACUAUUGUGAGUUUUGGUAAUGUUUCGACCGCGCAAAAGAAGGAAGCUGAGGAACAUGGUACAUCCUGCUUCUCUUGGGAAGAGUUUCUCCAGUUGGGGAACCUGGAUUGUGAUCUACCACCAAAAAAGAAGACUGAUAUAUGUACAAUCAUGUACACAAGUGGAACAACAGGCGAACCGAAAGGUGUCAUAAUUAAGAAUGAGGCGUUCAUGGCUGAAGUUUUGUCUAUUGAUCAAAUACUUCAUUUAACAGACAAAGCAGCAGGCGAAGAUGAUGUGUACUUCUCUUUUCUUCCUCUUGCUCAUGUCUAUGACCAGAUAAUGGAGACCUAUUGCAUUUAUAGGGGAGCCUCAAUCGGAUUCUGGAAAGGCGAUGUGAGGUUCUUAAUGGAGGAUAUUCAGGUGUUGAAGCCAACUAUAUUUUGUGGCGUUCCUAGAGUUUUCGACCGUGUUUAUGCCGGUAUCAACAGCAAAAUUUCAUCCGGAGGAGCGUUGCGAAGUGCAUUGUUUCAGUAUGCAUAUAAUUACAAGUUGGGAUACUUAGAGAAGGGUCUUCCACAAGACAAAGCAGCACCAUUUUUUGAUAGGCUUGUAUUUGAUAAGAUAAAGCAAGGCUUAGGUGGAAGAGUUCGGCUUCUGUUAUCCGGCGCUGCUCCUCUGCCUCGGCACAUUGAGGAGUUUCUAAGGAUCACUAGUGGAGCUACUUUGGCACAAGGAUAUGGUCUUACUGAAAGUUGUGGAGGAUGUUUCACAGCAUUAGGCAAUGUGUUUUCCAUGAUGGGAACAGUUGGAGUCCCUAUGACAACAAUUGAGGCCAGGCUUGAAUCCGUGCUGGAGAUGGGAUAUGAUGCACUUUCCAGUGAACCUCGUGGCGAAAUUUGCCUUAGAGGGACUACCUUGUUCUCAGGUUACCAUAAGCGUGAAGAUCUUACAGAAGAGGUCAUGGUUGAUGGCUGGUUUCACACAGGUGACAUUGGAGAAUGGCAGCCUAAUGGAGCUAUGAAAAUCAUAGAUAGGAAAAAGAAUAUCUUUAAAUUGUCUCAAGGAGAAUAUGUUUCUGUAGAAAAUAUCGAAAACAAGUAUCUGCGAUGCCCUCUUAUAACAUCGAUUUGGGUCUAUGGAAACAGUUUUGAGUCAUUCUUGGUGGCUGUGGUGGUGCCAGAUAGAAAAGCCCUUGAAGAUUGGGCAGUGAAACAUAAUGCAUCAACAGAUGACUUUAAAUCUUUAUGUGAGAAUUUGAAGGCAAGAAAAUACAUCUUAGAUGAGCUCAACAGCACUGGUCAGAAACACCAACUUAGAGGCUUUGAGAUGCUAAAGGCAAUUCAUCUGGAACCAGCUCCCUUUGACAUGGAUAGAGAUCUAAUAACUCCAACAUUCAAAUUGAAGAGACCACAAUUACUCAAGUACUAUAAGGAUUGUAUUGAGGAGCUAUACAAAGAAGCCAAGGGAACCAAGGUGUGAGCAAAGUGGCAAGAGAGACUUUUAUAUGCACUAUUUAUAUUAUACUAUUUUCUAUAUGAUACAAUGAAAAAUCCAAUAAGACUAGUUGAAAAUAUGUUGGGCAUUGCAAAAGUUGAAACUUGAUUUGUUUAGAAUAGCAAGCAAUGAACUUGAUGGAAACCCAAAUCAUCCUGUAAUAUAUAUUCCACAGUAAUGAAAUUUGAUUUUACAUUGUUUACACAUACAAA